AUGAUUGGCUGCCGUACCAGGCAUCUAUUGAUGUUCUUUUAUCAUCUAUGUGUGAAACUUGCCAUCGAAUGGAAGACAUGCUUUCGAGUCUGUGUUACAUCCCGCCACUACCCCAAUAUUUCAAUCCCAGAACAUCUUAGCCUGAACCUCGAACUCCAAGUCGGGCAGGCUUCGGGUGUAUUCAUGUGGGUUGUUCUUGUUGUGGAUAUGCUGAAUAAGGAGAAUGAUGAAGGUUGUUCUCAAAGACAACUGCAGAUAACGCUGCUAGCUAUCCCUGAUGACCUACAUAUGCUGUUUCGUAACAUGUUGACGCGGAACAAACGGAGCAACGAAAAGUUCUUGCUUUGCAUGCAAUGGUUGCUCUUUGCAAAAUAUCCCUUGUCCCCUAAAGAUUUGUACUUGGCGAUACUGUCUGGCACGAGCGAUGAGGACAUGACAACCAGGAAGACGAAUGAUGAUGUCCAGCCUGAUAGAGUAAUGAAAUAUCUUCUUAAUUGCUCCAAAGGGCUAGCCGAAGCAACCGGGUCCAGAUAUCGAACUAUGCAAUUCAUACACCACGGUAGAAAAUUUGUCAAACCUCAUCAGAAUUCUCCCGUCCAAGCUAUCAUAUCUCGAGGCAGAAUCCUCAUUCUGGGUUACCCCGCUUUCGCGGCUAUUUCGAGGGACAACGGUAACGCCUUGCGGGCAAUUUUGAAAGCCCAAGCAGAAGCACUACCCACCACAUCUCGGAUUCACCAGCUAUAUCAAAGUUUAUUGAGAGAAUGCUUGAUUUUCUGCUUGAAACAGGGAGAUGGCUUCCAGAUACCAGGGAUCAGGAUGGGCGGACACCGCUUUCAAAUGCUAGUUAUUGUUCAGUGGAUCGGAAAGUUAUCAAGCUGUUGCUUGCGAACCCUGAAGUUGAUCCUAACUCACGGGAUGGAUGAUGCUGGCCGAACACCUCUGUCAUAUGCUGCAGAAGAGGGAAACAUAUACUGCAUCAUUGACCUCAUUCAGGACGGCAGGAUCGACCUUGACUCAAGGGACAAUGAGGGCCGAAUGCCACUGUUAUAUGCUAUAAUGCGCUCGCAGAUAGGAGCAGUUUCACUCCUGCUUCGCACUGGUAAAGUUAGCAUUGCCUACAUCGAUCGCUGUGGUUUGUCACCAAUGGACUACGCUCGCCGAUAUAAGCAUCCAGGCAUACUUGUGUUUGCCUGUCUCGAUAUUCUUCUGAGCCCUACGAGUACGGAUGGUCCGAUAUUGAACCUCGCACAUCCAGAGCUGGAAGCAGCGAACUAG